UGGCCUUCAACAAGAUGACCUUCUGGAAGUAACCAAAGGGGGCUGGGAGCUCCCCCCCCACAAUGUACAGAAAAUAUGAAGCCCAUCCCUUGACAUUUCUGGAGGGUGCAGUGACAACACUGCUGAAGACAGAAGAAUUUGCAGAAUGACGAUGGAUGGUGCACAACGCCAAAGUAUCAUCAGACGUAUUUGGCCACAGCUGAUAGACUUCCUGAGCGACCGUUCUGAGUGGGUGCUGGACAAAGCUGAGAGGCUUCUGUCUCAAGGCGAACUGAGAUUGGUUCACACGGAGCCUGACCUCAAGAAGAAGCGUUUACUGGUCCUGGAUAUGGUCUUAAGAGAUGUGGACGCCAAUCCUGAGGUCUUCAGAACCUUCAUCCAGAGCGUCUGUAUGGAAUGCAGUCCUCCCUUCGAGUUGGAGAUCACCCUGCUAAGCAUCUCUGAAGAAGAUGCUCCUGAAAGUUACAGUCAAUGCAUCCUCCGCUUGAUGCGUAGAAAAUAUGGAAUUAGCCACUCUGCGGAAGCAGCAAAAACAAAAGAUCAGUUCUCGUCUUUCAGCCAAAGGUUUGUCAACCUUGUCAUCCAUCAAAGCAAAACAUCUAAGUUGAAAGUGGGAAAAGAGAAAAUGAAAGAGGAACCAAUGGCCGCCUAUGAAUCCAAGGAUCAUGACAUCCCAAUGAUGAACUUGUCUGAUCUUUUCAAAAGUGCCCAGAUGGGCAUCACCCAGGUUGUUCUACUUUUGGGCAAGGCUGGAGUGGGGAAAUCAUGGUUAGUUCACAAAAUCUGUCAGCAGUGGGCUGAGGAAGCCUUUCCCCAGUUCAAAUGGAUCUUCUUCUUUGAGUUCAAGCAGCUGAACCUCAUCAAGAGGAAACUAACUCUCCAAGAACUCUUGUUUGAUUAUUUCCUCCAACCAGAGCAACCAGAAAUGGUGUUUCAAUUUCUCCUGAAGAAUGCCCACCAGACCUUGGUCAUUUUGGACAGUCUUGAUGAGUUCAUGGACAACAUUGACCUCCCACCCAUUUCCUUCGACCACUACUCAAAUCUUCUCAUACCUCGUUCUGUCUCUGAACUGGUGGCUAAUCUUUGCCAUGGAAAACUCUUGCCAGGUUGCACAGUGCUGAUUACCAGUCGGCCAAAGCAACUCCCUACAUUAUUAGUCAGAAGUACCGUCCUGUCAGUAGAAAUUUGGGGAUUCAACCAUGACAAAGUUGCGGAAUAUGUUAGCUGUUUUUUCCAACAAGCUUUUCAGAAAGAGCAAGCCCUUGCUCUUCUCAAUGAAAAUGGCAAACUCUUGAGCAUGUGUUACAUCCCUGUGCUGUGUCACAUUAUUUGCAUCUGCCUGGAACAUUUGUUCCUUGAAGACUCAGAAAGUGUCCAACUCCCUCAAACCAGGACCCAGUUUUACCUGAGAAUGCUACAGACCUUCCUCUGCAAACAUCAGGGUGGGAGGACUUUGAAUGAAGUAGACAUGGCUCAACAUCAAACAAUCCUUGGAGAUCUGUGUGAGUUAGCCUUCAAGGGUCUUGAAGAGAAGAAAGGGGUUUUUGAUGCUGGAGAGGUCCCGGAACAUGUGAAAGAUUUUUCUUGUCGCUUUGGUCUCCUUUUGACCUCUGAAAUGAAAAUGGGCAAGGACUCUACACAAGCAGGUUACACUUUUGCUCAUUUUAGCUUGCAAGAAUUCUUGGCAGCGCUCUUCCUGUUGACAAGCCCAACAGUAGAUGGCAAGAUGUUGAAGGAGAACUUCUUCCUGAGGACAAAAUGGACACUGAAGAAAGAGACAAGGAUGCCAUUUACAGAAAACAACUAUGUCUUCUUGUCUGGCCUUUUAUCUCAAGAAUGUAGACAAUUCCUGUGUUCCUUAGCUGGGCGAAAUGAGGUCAGGAUUCAGGAACGGCAAAGUAUUAUCAGGAAGAUAUUGCAGAAACUCGCAGUUGCUAAUUUAACAGGACCCAGGAUAGUAGAGUUGAGCCACUGUGUGUACGAGACACAAGACAUUUGCUUAGCACACCACAUUGCAACAAAGCUAAGUUUCACAUUCAGAAACGUCAAGUUGAUGCCCUUCGACAUGGUGACUUUAGCCUUUCUAAUCAAUGGAGGUUCUCAUGGCGUGUGCUUGGAUUUUGAUGGCUGCUUCAUGGAGUUGGAUUACUUGGACAUCUGGGGCAGUUGUGAACCUAUAAAGAGCUUGAGCUUCAAAAACAGGCAAUAUGGAAGUGAGUUUGCAGGAGCCCUUUCCAAAACCUUGCCUAAGAUCAAACUCCUGACAACAUUUCAGUUAACUGGUGGAAAUCUUAAAAGGCCAGGAUUUGAAGAUCUCGUUCGAGUUUUGCCAAACUGUCACCAGCUGGAAAUAAUAAAUUUGCAGGACAAUAGGUUGGAGGAGCAGGACAUGAUCAAGUUGGCAGAAAUAUUUCCCGCCAUGGGAAAGUUAAAGAGAAUGGAGAAAACUGGUUCCCUCUUUAUGCUGGAACAGAAAUUUCCUCCCCAGGUGGGAAAAGGAGCGUUUGCGGUCCACAGGACAUCUCAUCCACUGCUUCCUGAUGCUGAAGGACCAACUUCAUUUGAUGCUUUGGUGCAUUUUCCAGCACUGCAGAAACUUUGGUUAACCAAUGACAGGAUUCCUCCCACCAGCAUUGAAUACAUAGCUAAGAUAUUGCAACGGGGCUUUGCCAUUGAAGAUAUUAAUUUUUCCAAUAGUGAUCUCAGCUUGGAUAAUCUCAGUAUUCUUCUAGAUAGUUUGGAGGGCAAAUACCACUUAAAGAGUAUCAAUUUUGGCUCUUUGAACCUCGACAACGCCACAAUUCUGAAGUUGUUUUCAAGGCUCUCUACCAUGCCUCUCCUGAAAAUACUUGGUUUGAACAAUAAUCAUCUCGACAGUCGCAUGUGUUCCCACCUUGCAGAAGUUUUGAAGACCACACUUCAAAUAGAAGAAAUUGACUUAAGCCACAACAAGAUUGAUGAUGCUGGCAUGAAAGCGAUAGCUAUGGCCCUUCCAGGAAUGAAGAAUGUGAAGCUAAUCAAUUUUUCCUGCAACAGCAUCACUUCGGCUGGAGGACAAUGGAUUGUAGAAGGUCUGAUUGAGAGCGAGAGGCUGGAAAUACUCAAAUUAUCUGGGAACAGUAUUGGAAAUAAGACUUUGGGAAAACUUGCUCCAAUUUUGCCUUACAAGAAGCAUUUGAAAGUCCUCCACCUCUCUCGUUGUCAGUUGGGUUCUGAAGGACUCGGCCACUUGGCGGGAAUCUUGGCCAAGUGUCCACAGAUGGAAGAAAUCAACUUGUCAGAAAACAACAUUGGAGAUAAAGGUGUGAUGUCCCUUAUGACACCAUGGCCACAAUCUUCACAACUGAGGAAGAUUGAUCUAAAGGCCUGUCAUAUCAGAGAUUGUGCUUCCAAAACACUAAUUGUCGGACUCAGCUGCUGUCCUUCCCUUGAAGAGAUCGG